AUGGAUUCUGUCAGCAUAGAUGGCCUGGGGCUGGCCGCUCAUCAUAUGCAGCCUAUCAGACGCGCGUUGGACGCCCUCCGGAGCUUCUCUCCCGUCAUCUUAUUCGUCGUUUUCGCGGUGUCUUUUGUCACAAACACCGUCAUUGCAAACCGGAGGAUCGAGCCCAAGGUGCAGCAUACCAGGGGCGCAAAGACAGGCCCUGGGGGAAGACCGCUGCCCACUCGCAUGAGGAGUGCCGCCGUGCUGAUUGCCCGCAAAACCCCCGAUUUCUCGCCUGCCACGAAGCUGGCUUUCAAAUGGCUGGCCGUGGCCGUCUUGUUCAGCUUCGUCGCCGAGGCAGCCAUCCAUGUUGCUCACAUAGUCCUCCAUCGAAAGGACCAUUGGUGGUGUGGUGAAGCAGUCGUAAUCCAUGUGGUUGGCACUUUCUUUGUUCACACUCUGGUGCUGAUAUCGCUCAUCGACACUACUCCGUCGCCCACAGUGGCACAGCUUAUCAGCUGGAUAGUGUCGAUGCUGCUGGAGCUGGUCAUCCUGGCCCUGUUCCUCGAUAUCAACACCUCUCCGCACCACGAGCCCAUUGUUGGUGACCCUCUCGGCGGCCCGCUCAGAAAGGGCCUGACUGCCUGGGAAGCCGGCGUCGGUGUCACAGCGAGUGCCCGGAUCUUGCUGCUCGUAUGUCUGGUGGUUGUCUACAGCCUUACCUCCUAUAGCUUGAGAAGCAGAGCUCAGCAUGACGGCACUGCCACGGAGACCACUUCAUUGCUACACUCAGGAAAUGGCACUGCACAUGCCAACGGCGACCGUUACGGUGCAUCCCAUCGAAAUCUUAAACAUGAAGACGAUGACCAGCCAGAGGAAGACGGAUGGGUACGCCCAAAGACACUGCCGUCUACCAGCUGGUGGGAGUACAUGAGCGGUUAUUCCCUCUUUUUCCCAUACCUCUGGCCGUCCAGGUCGAACAAGCUGAAAUCGAUCGUUGUAUUCUGUUUUAUCCUCGUCAUACUCCAAAGAGGCGUCAACGUCGGUGUUCCCAUACUCGUUCGUAACAUCGUCAACAUUCUUGCCCAGGAGCAUGGAAAUGAAUUCUACGUUCCAUGGGGAACCAUCUGUCUAUAUGUCAUCUUCCGCUCGCUACAGGGCUCCCAGGGCCUUAUCGGAUCCCUACGUUCCUUCUUGUGGAUUCCUGUUGGCCAGUACUCUUAUAUGGAACUGUCAACAGCCGCUUUUGAACAUGUUCACAGUCUCAGUCUCGAUUUUCACCUCGGCAAGAAAACUGGCGAGGUCCUGUCUGCGCUGGGUAAAGGUAGCUCAAUCAACGGCUUCCUUGAACAAGUUACGUUCCAGGUCGUGCCCAUGUUGGUUGACAUGUGCAUUGCCGUGGGCUACUUCUUUGUCGAGUUCGAUGUCUACUACGCAUUAGUCGUAGGCAUCAUUACUUUCUUCUAUCUCUACCUGACCAUCCGCAUGGCGCAGUGGAGAGGUGAAGUCCGACGCAUGAUGACUAACGCUGAUCGUCAGCAAGACGCUGUCAAGAAUGACUCAAUGGUUUCAUAUGAAACUGUCAAGUAUUUCAAUGCUGAACCAUACGAGUUCAAUCGAUACCGUGGUGCCGUUUCGGACUACCAGGCUGCUGAAUACCAUGUUUUGUUUUCUCUUCAGUUGAUGAACACUUGUCAGAACACUGUUUUCAUGCUGGGCCUUCUCAUCACCUGUUUCAUUUGCGCUUUCCAGAUCGCAAACGGCCAGAGAGAUGUUGGUCAGUUCGUCGGCUUGCUCACAUAUAUGUCUCAGCUUCAAGGACCUCUGAACUUUUUCGGUACCUUCUAUCGCUCGAUCCAAGGAGCCAUGAUUAACUCGGAACGACUACUGGAGCUUUUCAGGGCAAAGCCUACCGUCGUUGACGCACCUGAUGUCGAUGAACUCCGCUCCUGCAAUGGCGGAAUCGAGUUUGACAAGGUACAUUUCGCAUAUGACAGCCGCAAGCCAGCCCUCAAUGGACUGUCCUUUGAGUGUAAGCCUGGUACUACCACCGCUCUCGUAGGAGAGUCAGGCGGCGGAAAAUCCACUGUUUUCCGUCUUUUGUUCCGGUUCUACAACUCUCUUUCUGGUCAAAUUCGUGUGGAUGGCCAUCCAGUCGAGAGCGUAUCCAUUGACUCUCUCCGCCGCCACAUUGGUGUUGUCCCCCAAGAUACCGUCUUAUUUAAUGAGACUAUCAUGUACAAUCUCAAGUACGCUAACCCUGCAGCAACCGACGAGGACAUAUACGACGCUUGUCGUGCGGCUAGUAUCCAUGACCGCAUUCUUACUUUCCCCGACGGUUACCAAACCAAGGUUGGAGAACGUGGCCUCAGGCUGAGUGGUGGUGAAAAACAGCGAGUCGCAAUCGCCAGAACGAUUAUAAAGAACCCACGUAUCAUCCUUCUGGACGAGGCUACUGCCGCUCUUGAUACCGAUACUGAAGAACACAUUCAAGGCGCCUUGGCUACCCUCUCCAAGGGCCGAACCAUGCUUGUCAUCGCUCAUCGUCUCAGCACGAUUACCACAGCCGAUCAGAUCCUUGUCCUCCAAAACGGACAGGUUGCCGAGAAAGGUACUCACGAACAGCUUUUGGCCAUGAAGGGCCGUUAUUCCAGCAUGUGGCGCAAACAGAUCAAGGCUCAGCGAGCCGCCGCCGAGGCGCAGGUCCUGCAGGACCGGGCGGAACGACUACGAAGUAGUUCCGUCGUCGCCGGUGGUGGUGAGGAUAGCUCCAGCCAGUCAGACGAAGACCGACAUGCUGAGACUACAGCUCGUUCCCGUCCAUCUCUGUCACAACGCUCUACCAAAGCUCCCGAGACCAAACCUGCAGAGACUUAA